GGAGUCAGAAGCAAGGAAGAUGAUUGUGUGCUUUCCGACUGUUUUUCUCCUCUGUAAUCUGUGUGUGGCACAGUUCAGUGACAUCUCUCAGCCUGUUUCUUUCCAAACUGCGGAGCUCGGAGACUCAGUUACUAUUCAAUGUCAGAUAAAGAGUGCUAUGAAAAGUAGAGUGUGGUAUAAAUUAACUACUGGGAGGAAACUGCAGCUUAUAGCAACAACACAUGGUUCCGCAAAUCACCAUUAUUCAGUCAAAUUUGAUGGCCCUGAAAAUCAUUUGAGCAUAUCUGCUACAACAUGGGAGGACACUGGAACAUACUACUGUGGAGUGGUAUAUCCAAACUUCAAUGAAUUUGGACCAGGAACCUUCCUGAUGCUAAAAGGUAUUGCAUUCACUUCUAAGUCAGUCCAGCCAGGAGACUCUGUCACUCUCAGCUGCUCUGUUCACACUGGUGACUGUGGAGGGGAAGACACCAGUGUCUUCUGGCUGAAAAGCUCAGAAAGUUCAGGUCCAGAAAUGAUUUACUUCUACGGAAAUAGGAAUGACAGCUGUGAGAGGACUGAGACCGGCUCUCCACAAACUAGCUGUGUCUACAAGCUUCCCAAGCAGAACCUGAGCUCUGACGAUGCUGGAACCUACUACUGUGUUGUGGCUUCAUGUGGGGAGACACUGUUUGGAAAUGGGACCAAGCUUCAUAUAGAAAGAAACUCCACCACCUCAGCUGCUCUCAGUCCAGCUGUCAUUGCACUGGUUUUGUCUAACAUCGUUCUUGGGAUGGCGACGCUUCUACUUGUAUGGGUGCUUUGCAAGAGUCGGAGCAAAGAUCCCACAGAGAAAGUUGAUGGAUCUUCCAAUAGUCAACAGGCCAGUGAUGCAGUUACAUACGCAGCAGUGAGUGUGGCUGCCAGAAGCUCCUCCUCCAGGGCAGCCACAGUGAAACACAGCAGAGACGCUGUGCUGUAUUCUGAGGUCAGGCACCACCAGCAGGACUGACACAGUGAAGAUGUGCAGCAACGUGCUCAGCUUUGGCUGAACAGCACUGAGCUUGAUAAGAAAGAGCAGGACUGGGAGAUAAGGAGAAGGAUGAACAAAUUUCAAAUGCACACUCUCCUG